AUGUCGGCUCCUCAAUCCGUAUCCACCUUCGGUAAGAAGAAGACGGCCACCGCCGUAGCCUACGCAAAGGAGGGCAAGGGUCUGCUCCGUGUCAACGGCCAGCCCAUCUCUCUGGUCGAGCCCCAGAUUCUGCGCUGGAAGGUCUACGAGCCCAUCCUCGUCGUCGGCGAGGACAAGUUCUCCACUGUCGACAUCCGAGUCCGAGUCAACGGUGGUGGUCACACUUCCCAGGUCUACGCCAUCCGUCAAGCCAUUGCCAAGGCCCUCGUCGCCUACUACGCCAAGUACUACGACGCUGCCUCUGCUCUGGAGCUGCGCCAGUCCUUCAUCAGCUACGACCGAACACUGCUGAUUGCCGACCCCCGACGAAUGGAGCCAAAGAAGUUCGGUGGAAAGGGAGCUCGUGCACGCAGGCAGAAGUCGUACAGAUAG